AUGGCCAGGCUAUUUGAUCCUGAGCAGGCAGUCCCUACAAUUGCAGAGAGUCAAGACCUCAUUGAGUGUACGUGCUACAAGGAGAUUAUCAAAGACCUCCCUGAGCCUGCCCCUCCUCUGGAACCGUACAAGUUCCCUAAUGACAAGUACUACAACAAAGGCGAGAGCAACCAUAUGUUCUGUGCAAUAACCGAGACCUUCAGUUAUCGCUUGUCCAUGAAGGCCAUGUCAACAGCCCAGGAGCGUCUGGCAAUGUGCAGAAAGACGAUGAGGGUGUACCUCAAGAUUAACAACCUUGAGGCAUACAUUCUUAUUGAUACUGGCAGCACAAUCAACAUCAUAAGCCCUGACUGCACUAAAGUUGCAGAACUUAAGCCUUUUCCAUUGUCAAACCCUAUCACCCUACAACUGGGAUGUUUGGGUUCGUGGUCAAAGGUUAGCUAUGGUGUAUGGCUGCCUGUAUCUAUCGAUCCUGCCAUGCACAACUUUUACUUUGAUGUUGCAUCUCUGGAUCACUAUGAUCUGAUCAUAGGGACCCAGAUCAUGCAGGACAUUGGGAUGGUCCUCAACUUCCACAACUAA